ACCACCUAUGGGAUUGUUCUUCCCAAUGCUAUUGGUUCCAGAUGUGUAUCCACCACCACCCCGUGCAUGUGAUGAUAUUUUUAGGUUUCAUGACCAUGAGGAUAUGCUGGAAGAUACAUGGCAUACAGAGUACUCCAGAAGACCUGAUUUACCCGAUAAUGUAUAUCCUGGCGUUAACGUUAAUUUCCCUAUGUGGGAUACCUACCCAGUUUAUGCAACUAAACCAAAGAAAGAAGAGAACGUUGGUCUUGCUGAAGCUAUCACCAGCAGCAUCCUCUCAACAGGGCGGAUUGACCUCCAGAGGAAACUGUUCUUAAGCAUACAGUUAGUUGGUGGGGUGGCUCUGACAAGGGGUCUUGUUCCUGCAAUGGAGGAAAGAGUCUUGCAUGCAAUUCCUUCAAAUGAAGCGAUAGACACUGUUGAGGUGUUACAAUCAAGAACAAACCCUUCUUUUGCAUCAUGGAAAGGCGGAGCGAUUAUUGGAGUGCUUGAUUUUGGGCGGGAUGCUUGGAUACAUCGUGAAGACUGGAUUAACAGCGGAAUUUUUGUUGCAAGUGGCAGAAAAUACAAGGAUUCUUAUUAUCUUCAAGCACAAGCGAUGUGCUACAUGAACUCCUAAAAGGUCUGUUUCUGCUAUUUGCUAAUUCUAGCACAAACUUCUCAGCAUUUGGGCAAAUAUGUACAUAAAUGAUGUUAGUUUA